AUGGAAAAGUUUAAGACAGUGCUGGACCUGCACCUCAAGCACAGUAGCGCGCUGGGUUAUGGCCUGGUGACACUGUUGACGGCAAGCGGGGAGCGCAUCUUCUCCACUGUGGUGUUCCAGUGCCCCUGCAGCGCCACCUGGAACCUGCCCUACGGCUUGGUCUUCCUGUUGGUGCCAGCGCUUGUGCUCUUCCUCCUGGGCUAUAUGCUGAGCGCUCGCACGUGGCGCCUACUGAUCGGCUGCUGCGCGCCCGGCGCGCGUGUGAGGUGCAGCUCCGGGCUGCGGGGCGCGAAGGUGUUCGCGCAGAUCGGCGUGGCCUCAGCGCUCGCACCCCUCACCUGGGUGGCCGUGGCGCUGCUUGGGGGCUCAUUCUAUGAAUGCGCAGCCAGCGGGAGCAAGGUCUUGGGGCCGUACCUGUGCAGAAACCGCACAGGCUGCACCGACCAGCUACCGCUGGUUCCCUGCAGCAAGGACCAGAAGUCCGACCUCCAAGACCUCCUGAAGGAACUCAAGGCUCAGUCGCAGGUGCUGGGCUGGAUCAUCAUAGCAGUUGUUAUUAUCGUCGUUGUGAUAUUUACGUCUGUCUGCCGAUGCCUGUCUCCAGUUAGUUUUCUGCAGCUGAAAUUUUGGAAAAUUUAUUUGGAGAAUGAGCAGGAGAUAUUUAAAAGUCAAGCCAAGGAGCAUGCCACUGAAUUGGCAAAAGAAAAUGUUAAAUGUUUCUUUGAGCGCUCACAUCCAAAAGAAUACAACACCCCAAGUAUUAAAGACUGGCAGCAAAUUUCAACACUGUAUACUUUCAAUCCAAAGGACCAGUACUACAGCAUGUUGCACAAAUAUGUUAACAGAAAGGAGGAGAGUGACAGUAUCACAUCUUCUGAAGGAGAUGUAAUGCUUCCUGUUCUUGGCUUUGUAGAUUCUCCUGGUAUAAAUAGCUCUACUGGGUUGUGA